GUCGGUGUUGUUAUGCUGAGUGUGCAUGCCUUCGCCUCACUGACAAGCUGGCCACGGCUAGCUUAAUGAGUUAGCAUACCUCGCUUCUUGCAUCUAACCUCGUCAAGUUAGUCCUACUUAUACCAGACGUUGUCUUCAAACUAAGAGUGUCCGCAUCCCUUGAGCGGUUAAGGCACAUGUUUUCAUAAGUAUUGGGUUUAUUUUGAAAGGGUCUACCGGAAAUGCUUGUGUGGCCGUUGGGGACUGACAACGGUUGUGCUCCUACUAUGCCGAGAUGGCAGCGAAUCUUUUGUACAACUCAUGAGCUGCGAAUAAAACAUGCCAUUCAGAUUUUGGGUUUGAUGUAGCGCAACGGCAAGUGGUUUCCCGCGUAAACGGCGACUUUCCCUGGUGAGGAAUCGCUCGUGGUGCUUAACAUUUCUAGUAGGAAGGCUGAGCACGGGGAUUUCCUCGCCUGCUUGUUUAGUAAGCGGGGAGUUGUUUGCCACUUUCACAAGCAGGCGUUGAGAGGAGUCGUGGAAUGACAAAACUGUUUAACUGGUUGCUCUUGUGACAUACAGUUUGCCAAGACGUCGCGUGUCCACUGUGUGACAGCGCUUCUUGGUGGCUUGUCAACUCAUGCGCUUCUUGCUGUUCAAACCUGCUGCUUCAUCACCUCGUUGUGAAAAGGAGCAAGCGCAAGCCGAGGCAGCGGUUUAGCGAGACCAGACAAAGCAGCAGUAUAGGUGGACGCGGCUCUCGUGGCAUGACUACCAUAAACAAGGGAAACAAGGCCUUGAAGGUGAAGCGGGAGCCAGGGGAAAAUGGCACCAGCCUGACCGACGACGAGCUGGUGACCAUGUCAGUGCGGGAGCUAAACCAGCAUCUACGGGGCCUGACCAAGGAGGAAAUCCUUCAGCUGAAGCAGCGGCGGCGUACCCUGAAGAACCGGGGCUAUGCUGCCAGCUGCCGGGUGAAGCGUGUCACCCAGAAAGAGGAGCUGGAGAAGCAAAAGGCUCUCCUGCAGCAGGAAGUGGACAAGCUGGCAACCGAGAAUGCCAGCAUGAAGGUGGAGCUGGACGCUCUGCGUUCAAAGUAUGAGGCCCUCCAGAGCUUUGCUAGGACUGUGGCCCGCAACCCUGUCACCUCAGCCAGGGGACCUAUGGCCUCUGUCAUAGGACCCCUCAUCCCUGGUAAAGGAGGUGCCACCAGCGUCAUCACCAUCGUCAAAUCCAAAACGGAGGCUAGGUCGUAGUAGCAGAAAAGGGUUGGAGGAAGUUUUUCAAGACUAAACUAGUCAGUGCAUUGUAACAUGCCGCAGGACUACCUGUGUAAGUUCUCAGUUUCAAUCCUUGACACUAACACUAACAAUAUGCUUCCCAAAUUCAUUUUUAAAGCAUUACUCAGCAGUCUGUACCUGUCAAUAGACAUUUUCUGCUUUAAAGUGACACAGUCAAAUUGUGGGCUUUAGGACAUCACAGCUAGUUGUUGAAGAAUAGGGACAUAUUGACUAUACUGAAACAUUUCAUUUAAAAAGCAGAUAGUGGUUACGAAUACUCAAGAUGGCAAUAUUGAGUAGAAAAAGGACAAAGUGGAAUUAAAUUCCGACCGUCAUCAAUUUUUGAUAAGGUACUGUGUGUGCUGUGUCCGUUUCCUUAAGACUGAGCUCUUGAGACUUAUCCGUCCUAAGAAUUGGCAUUUGUAAAGUCUCACAACAAUAAUAUAUUACAGACGUUAGUCCUCACCCCUGAACCAGUUUGGUUGUUAUUAUGCACUGACUUAAAUAUGGAUAAAUGACAACGGUCACAAGCUCUUGGUGUGGAUACUCCAAAUGUCUUCAUAACAGCCUGACUAACCCCAAACUAGUACAUUUUUGUUGGUCGCCUGUCAAGAAAAUAAUUGUGAAAUAAUGCUCCCAAAUCUAGCAUUAAUUUCUGUUUAUCUGUGACAGGCUUUAUUGAACUUGUCAUUAUCAAUAUGACUGGUAGAUGCAAUAAUAUACGUAUGCACUGAAAAUACAAAGAGGUCUUGCAUAUUUAUGGUUAAGUGGAAAUGUUUAAAAAUGAUCAGCAGGUCUUAAUGACAUUGUUCCAGAGCUGAGUGCCAUUCCAAUAUGACAAGAUUCUUUUACAAUAGCUGAAUACCUGAAUACCUGAAUGUUAUAACAGUUAUAUCCUCAUGUUUUGUGGGGACAGUGAAAUCCACAAACAUUUUGAAACAUAAUUUUUGCUCAUAGAGAAAAUAUGUUCAAGUUGUUUUGUUUAAUAUAUAUAUAUAUAUAUAUAUAUAUAUAUAUAUAUAUAUAUAUAUAUAUAUAUAUAUAUAUAUAUAUAUAUAUAUAUAUAUAUAUAUAUAUAUAUAUAUAUAUAUAUAUAUUGCAUUUUUUUGUAAUUACUUGUUGACCGGGGCCGUCGGAUAUUUCCAAAAGAAAAUCUUUACACAAGCUUUACUGUUUGAAUUGUUAAGGUGUAGAAAACUUUGUCUAUUGUUGAGUUCUUGGUUUUUAAUACUAGGUAGAUUACCUUCCAUUGUUUAUAGAAAUACAGAUAAAGAAAACAUAAAAAAAUCCUGUGAGAUCUUUUUUGCAAUUGUACCGAAAGUGGCUUACUAUUGAAGUCUGAUAGCUUUUUUCUAGUGACUAGGCGCGUACUGUGGGGUAGCGCGUGAUGUGAUGUUUAAGUGACAAGUUGGCAGUGUCGUUCACUGUAUAGAUGUCAAUGCUGUGCUAUUUAAAACAAAUCUGUAGAGCUAAACUAGGUGGUGUAAACAAGGUCAAUUGUCUUUGUGCGUAUUGGCAUCUGUGAUAUCCUCCUCUUCCUCGGUGUUAGUUACAAAUCAUAUUGUCAUUAAGAGUUUACCCCAUUGAGCCAUGUGAGACAGAAUUGGGUGAAAUGGAAUUAGUGACUUUUACUGAAGCUUAAAGGGAUACUGUCAUUGCAGAAUCUGAAUAAGGGUUGCACCUAGUGCUGGAUGCCCUCUAAACACAUCCUCUGUAACCUGCAGCUAGAUGACUUCAUCGUUGGGAAGAUUUGUUUAUAGUAUCCAUUUCAGCCACUUCGUUGGUUGGAAUUAGAUUAUAGGAAUAUCAAUUAAUCCUCAAAUUUAGCUUUUCACAGACUAAACAUAAUGUGAAGUUAAGUGUUUUUCUCCUCCUAAUUGUUGUUGAGUAUCUUUCUCAAGCUUAUAGCGAUACAAUUGCAUCCAGAACCUUAAAGGGUAACCGCCAAAUGGUGCAGCAUCACUUGUGUAAAUCGACCCACCGGUGUUCAGACUGUCAGAUUGAAAGCGGGAGGGUUUGGCUGAGGGUUUGUAUGCACUAAGCUCCUGCUUGUUUUGCUCAGGACAAAACAGGUCACUCUAAAAAUGAACAAACCAUUCUAGAUGAAAGGCAGGGAUGGCAGCUCUGCUCAUGUUUUUCCUCCCUUUUUCUUUUUUUCUUUAAUAAUAAGCAUGUCAUGAAGGGCUUCAAUCUGCACUCAGACACAGCAAGACCAUGUAGAAUUACAAUCAUAAACUGCUGCCAGCAGCGCUCCUUCUGUGCCAAGUGUCGCAUCACUCUCCUGGUCCUCUAAAAGGGAAUGUAACAGUGGAGCAGUUUUACACCUCAAGGUGAAAGUAGUUAACAGAAUGCACUUCAUCUGGAUCCCACUUUCCUGCUGGUCAGAAUGUCUCAUAGUGUCGGCCAGGUGUUAAUCUACAGUCAGUCUCAAAACUAUGCCUCAGCAAAACUCCGUGCUAGUGAUCUGGGUGCUGGUUAUACUGUCUGUGUGCAAGUGUCCUAUCCUCAACAUGCUUAGCUAUGUACAUUGACUGGUUAACUGUGGGAAAAUAUAUAUCUGACUCUUGACAUAGCCCAGUAUUGAUGUUGGCGUCCUUAUUGCUGUGGCAGUCUUGUGGAGUGAAUCUUUUUUGUGUCAAGUGUCUUCUAAGGUGUUUGAGCUGCACCGUCGACCAAUCUCUCGAUCUCCGCUAGAGAUGAGGACUCUCUCUUUCUCACACAUACAGGUGUAUAGUAUGUAGCUACAGUAGGUAAUGACCAUUGUGAAAAAGUGACCCUUAAUAUGCAACUCAGUGGAAAGGUGUGAAAGAGUAGAUUUAAGAGUAAAAUAUUGUCAAAGUGACUAUGGUCUGUUAUUUAAUCAUUCUUGCUGUUUUGUAGGUUCUUUGCAAAAU